GCUACGGGUGGGCUCGAGGGCUGAGGCGGAGGCCGGAAAAACAGCCAGAUUUCUAUUGGACGGAGCGGCCUGUUUUGAGUUUGCCCGGCCGGUUUGAAUAGCCUGCUAACGCUCGUCCGUUUGUUACUCGCGGAGGCCAACCCCCUCUUGCUGUGGGGCAUCUCCCGGGCCGUUAGGGGCCUCGGGCGGUUCGGUCGCUCCAGUCCUCGAGCUUUGGCCUGCUUGGGCUUCCUCCUCUGGCCUGCCUCCACAGCGGGCCGCGAACAUGGCGGCGUCGGGCCUGGAUCAUCUGAAAAAUGACUAUAGAAGAAGAUUUUGCCGGCCUUCCAGGGUGCCUGACAUUCAUACAGCACAAGGCCAGAACAUGAUGGACAUCUUACAAGACUGUUUUGAAGAAAAAAGUGUCCUCAAUAAUUUUGUCACAAAUUCUACAGAAUCGCUACUUUGUUUAACACCUAAAAUGAAAGACAGUUGUAUUCAGUCAACACACAAAGAGAUAUCACAUUCAAAAUCAGUUCCAGUUUCUUCAGGGAGGAAAGAAGCCUCUCCACAAGGCAUUGGAGAACCAAGUGAAACUGCCAGUAGUUCAGUUGAGGCUAAUGAAAUUGAUCACAAAACACUGACAACAGAUGCUGUUUCUACACAUACACCUGACUCGAAGGAAAUGUCAAGUAAAAAUCCAAAUGGUCACCACAAUGAGGAUGAUGACUUUUACCUAUCUAUUGGCUCGCCUGCUGUUCUUUUGGAUUCAAAAGCAUAUGAAUCCCCAAAUGCUGUUUCAUCUGCUGACCAAAUGAGAGAGCCUUACAGUUUAAGAAAUUCAGUAAAUAUGAGGUCUUCAAGAAAAAAUAUUUCUUUUAGACCCAAGAAAAGGUUAAACUUUGAUAUUUCAACCAGAGUAGAAAUAAAGAAUAAAAAAUCAGAAGUAGAGAAUAAAAUAUCAGAAAGACAACAAGAAGGACCGUCAUCAGAAACAUCUGAGAAAAGAGUACAAAUUCAACCACAAGCUAAAAAGAGUUUUUCAACAUUGUUUUUAGAAACUGUAAAGAGGAAAACUGAAUCCAGUACCAUUAUUAGGCAUUCAUCAACAGUUCCACCUCUUUCAUCUUCUUCAAAUGACAUGAAGUUAUUAGAAGAUGAAUUUAUAAUUGAUGAGUCAGAGAAAAGUUUUGCAAGUGAACUUUGGGUUACAAUACCAAGAAAAGACAGACAUCUGAAACACCAUGCAGCAUCCUCUUCUGAAAACACUGCAGUCCUUCUAGAUAAGUCAAGAGAAAAACCUCACAAUGUGUCAUCUAAGACUUUGAUAAGUGACACACAGUCUCAGAAAGCUCCCCCAGUAGAGAAAUCUCAGCCCUCUGUUGAAAAAAAAAAGCGUACAGGUUGUGCUUUGACAAAUGAAUUGGAAAAUAAUUGUAGAUCUACAGAAUAUGAAAUGCAUUCUGAGAAUGCCAGAAAAACAUCUGGAAGCAAAAGGACUAUAAAACAGAAACGGAGAAGACCAUCUAAGGCUAAUGUAGUUGAUGAGCAGAUUAAUAAGGGGCAGGGUAAAAAUGAAAAUAGAAAUAUGUCAUGUAUUGCCCAGGACAAGCUACAAAUAAACUCAGACAGAAAUACAGAAGAAUGUGAAGAGGCGAGAAAUGGACCUGUUUCCAAGAAACAAAUGCCACCUGUGGGAAACAAGGAAAAAAAGAGUGGUAUCCAAAAAGAUAAGAAAAAAUCCAGAAAGAAACGUUUUUCUAGUGGGUCUAAGAACAAAUUAGUUCCUGAAGAAGUGACUUUGACUGUCUUGAGAAGUCGUAGAAUAUCUCGGUGUCCAUCUGAUUGGUGGGUGGUAAAACCAGAGGAAAAUACUUUUGAUAGAAAUUCUUCAAAAGGAAAUGAAUUAUCAGUGUAUCAAAAUAGACAAAAAAACACUAAGAAAAAUCGAUUAUCUAAGGAUACUGGGAAAAUACCUGUUCCAUCGAAAAGGCGAAAGACAACUACUCAAAGCAGCUCAAGAGUUCAGAAGUUUUUAGAUAUUAAGGAUUCUGGAGAAAGUAGUAUUCACUGUGAUGAAAUUUCCAGUCGCCAGAAUGAACCAUUGGAAAAUGAUAAGGAAGACCUGACUCAGAAGAAAAAUCUUGAUUUUUCUGGAACUAUAGGAUGCACCAAAUAUCAAAAUAGUGUUAAGACUGUAUGUAAUGUUCAUUUAAAGUCUCAUACCUGUGAAUGUAUAAGGAAGAUACCAAAGGAGUCCAAUUUGGAUUCUGGAAAGCCUCAAAUUUCAGGUUUGGAAGUAAGUGGACCUUCCAGGUUGACGAAUUGUGUAAUGUCUGGAAAGAAUAAUUCUGACAUGGAAGACAAAGAAGUUCAGGAGAGUUUAGGUGAUUCAAGAAUAAAAAGAUCUGAAAUGUCACCGGAUAUGAAAAUACAUCACAAAUUAGUAUUGCCCUCCAACACACCAAAUGUUCGCAGAACCAAGAGAAUACGCUUGAAACCUUUGGAAUACUGGAGAGGGGAGCGAAUAGAUUAUCAAGAGAGGCCAUCAGGAGGAUUUGUGAUUGGUGGAAUAAUAUCCCCAGGCUCGGUAUCACCCAAAAGGAAGGCAAAAGGAAACCUGGGCAAAGUCAACAAAAAAGCUAAUAAUAAAAGGAUCUGCCAUGAUAACCAUGAAAAAAAGGACAGAUUACUGGUGAAUUUUGGUAUACCUCUAGGAGACCCAUUACAGCCAACACGGGUAAAGGACCCAGAAACAAGAGAGAUUAUCUUCAUGGAUCUUAUAAGACCACGAGAUACAUACCAAUUUUUUGUUGAGCAUGGUGAUUUGAGAGUAUUUAAAACAUUGGAUACUCCUUUUUUUUCUACUGGGAAGUUGGUUUUAGGACCCUGUGAAGAAAAGGGAAGGCAGCAUGUUGGCCAAGAUAUAUUGGUUUUUUAUGUCAGCUAUGGUGACAUUUUAUGUACCUUACAUGAAACGCCUUAUAUGAUAACUACUGGGGAUUCAUUCUAUGUUCCUUCAGGUAAUUAUUACAACAUCACAAACCUCCUGAAUGAAGAGAGUAUUCUUCUUUUUACACAAAUAAAGAGAUGAAAGAUGAAGCAAUGUAGCAAGUUAAAUGUGUGUGUGUGUUCACACAUUUGUAUGUAUGUGUAUAUAUAUAUUAUGUGUAUA